UGUUAUUUGUUAUAUGCUACAUACAAUUUCAACCAUGGGAAAAGUUCACCCCCAAGCACUAAAUUCCUAUACUACUUGCAAUUUCACUUGCAAGCAAGAGACUUUUACCCUAUGGAUGAAAUCUCUGGUACUGAACGGAAAAGGAUGCACCGUGUUUGAUUCAAAUGGCCAAAUUGCAUACCGAGUUGAUAACUACAACUGCAAGCAUAGAGAUGAAGUUCAUCUCAUGGAUCAAAAUGGCGAUAUUUUGUUCACUAUGUUGAAAAAGCAAUAUAAGUUAUCCAGGUUUUGGGAGGGUUAUAGAUUUCCAGUUCCAGCAACAAGGAAUGACCACAAAAGACCAUGCUUUCGAGUUUCAAAAACUUACAAGAUCUCUAGAGGUGGUUCAACCUAUGAAGUUGAACUUGGAUUGGACAAAAAUCAACCGUAUACUCAUAAAAUAGAACGCAACACUUUCAACUCAGCUUGCAAAAUAUCUAAUGAGCUUGGAGUGGUAGUGGCAGAGCUAAGGAGAAAGAAGUCACCUUGUGGAGUUGAUUUAGGAGACGAUGUUUUGACGAUGGUGGUGGAGCCAAAUAUAGAUCUUUCUCUAAUUAUGGGGCUUGUUGUAGCCUACAAUCUUAUAAACUGUAAAAUUUGAUUAGUAUUUUGGAAUCAACAGUUUGCACAAUAGUGAUUUGCAUCUCGAGGAAGUCUUUAGCUAGAAUUAGCAAAUGGGUUGCUAAACCCUCUUUCUAGAUUAAGCUUCGGAGAUGUUUGUGGUGAUUGCAACCUAGCAAUGCUGAUUUUGUUUUGAAGUGAAAAAUUUAUUCUAUAAAUCGGUAGGGAAGGCUAUAGUACUAUGUUUUGUGAUUUUGUCUCUGGACUGCAAGCAAACCAACCCCAUGGUUGAAACUUGCAAGAGUUCCUUAGCAUGUUGGAUUAUAAAAAAAAGCUUAAUUGGAUUUGUAGUAUCUUCA